AUGAAAGGUCUUCUGUGGCACGGAUGGCCACUCACUCUGUUUUUUCUUACUAUUACUGCCGACGUUGCCAACUUCCAGGGGUCGCAACGCGGCAUUGAAUUCUGCCAGGUUCCCCCCGAUAGCUGGCUAGGCUAUGGCCUUGAUAUGAGGAGAACUGGUGGUAUUGACAUCUUUAAUUGGGAUUCGAUAGAAAACUCUAUCUCGAGGUUUGCUCGAGUCGUCAAGUUGAGCGACGAACGCGAAACCCAACAGCUGCGAUAUCUUACUUGGGAUGUGCCUAAAGGUGUCGAUAUUAUACCAGAUACUGGCCACGCUGAUGGGGAAAGUGUGACUUGGAUAAAUGGUAUCGAAGCUCGGACAAAUCUAGCAGCUGGAGGUUCCGCUUCUGCAAGCUAUAAGAUUGUAUCUGGCGACGCAUCUCUAGACGUCGGCCUCGACACAAAAUUAGAGCAAGACUUCCAAUACUCAUUCGCUGCAUAUACAGCGAAGGAGCUGGGUGCUUCACUUUCCGAUUAUAAGCAAGACGUUCAAACGGAUAUGAUCAAGAAGGAUCUGGCACAGUUUCCCGAGAUAGAUGGGACUGAUAAGGAAAACCUUCGGCGAUGGGAUGCAUUUUUCUCUGCGUAUGGAUCUCAUGUCAUCAAGAACACCGAUUAUGGCUACCGUUUUCAGUUUAAAGUUGCCGCGUCUAACACCAAUACGGAAGUUGAUAAGAGGUUUGCUGCUGACGUGGGAGUCACUUUCAGCGGCCUUCCGGUGGCUGGCAAGGGCGACGUGAAAGCUGCAGGCGAGACGCAGUAUAGCACCUUCUUGUCAGAAGAGGUGCUAACUCUCAAUCUCCGCGGUGGGGACACGACCGUUGGGAAUACGAUCACCGCUGAUCCUACCAGUAAAGACACCGCUGCGAAUUUUGCUAAGUGGGGAGAAGGAGGGGCGGCCUUUCCCGACAUUAUAGGUCUUGGAAUGGUGGAGCUGUGGAAGCUACUCAGGGAAGUCUUCCUGUUCGACGAGGCCAACAAAGUGCAGAAUGCAUGGAAUUACUUCGCCUCUCACCGCGCCGAUCAUUUUACCAAAUGUACCCUCAUUGUCAACUCGGACUGGGGAGAAUUCGGCUUGCUCACGCCAGGAUACGUUCAGGAUGUGGUAGGAAAUGAAGGCACCACAUUCUCCACUAGCAAGAUACACUGGCAACUACCAGCAGGGCAAGUAAAGGGACGGGAUGUCGGCAAUAUACAAUUCACUAUCAAGAAUGACGGCUCACCGAUCACAAUCUACACCAACCGGGGCGAUGAAAGCGAAAUAGACUUCGAGAUCCCAGACCAACAGGUCACACUUGUGAAUAAAGGCGAUCCUGACAAAACUUUCGCCAAUUAUAAACAAUGGUUUAACAUCCCACCCAACAACCAAGGCGUCAAUGAAAUCGUCAUCCCGGUCGAGCAAACCCCAGGCUACGAGCCUCCGAUUGCUGCCCAAUCGAGUAAUUCAAGCGCCAUUCCUGGCCGUAGUGGCGCUGCGAAUUUGCCGAUGAGUAGUGCUGUCAAUCCCGCACUUCAAGGUGAGACUGUAGGUCCAAGUUUGACGCCCGCCAAUACUGGAAAGAGGUGGACUGCCUAA